AGGCGGCCCGUUGCCUUGGAGCCAGCGAGACGCCGCUCGGCCUCCACCGCUGCGGGGAGGCCCUGCUGUGGGUCUGGGUCAUCAUGUCUGUGCUGGAUGCGCUGUGGGAGGACCGGGACAUCCGCUUCGACGUGUCCUCGCAACAACUGAAAACAAGACCUGGAGAAGUCCUUAUUGAUUGUUUAGAUUCAAUUGAAGACACCAAAGGAAAUAAUGGGGAUAGAGGUAGACUCUUAGUAACAAAUUUAAGAAUUCUCUGGCACUCUUUGGCAUUACCUAGAGUCAAUCUUUCUAUCGGUUACAACUGCAUAAUGAAUAUUACAACGAGGACUGCUAACUCUAAAUUACGAGGCCAAACUGAAGCUCUUUAUAUACUAACAAAAUGUAACAGUACUCGUUUUGAGUUUAUAUUUACAAAUUUGGUUCCUGGAAGUCCUAGACUUUUUACUUCUGUGAUUGCAGUACACAGAGCAUAUGAAACUUCUAAAAUGUAUCGCGAUUUUAAAUUGAGAAGUGCACUAAUUCAAAAUAAGCAACUAAGAUUAUUACCACAAGAACACGUAUACGACAAAAUCAAUGGAGUAUGGAAUUUAUCCAGUGAUCAGGGAAAUUUAGGAACCUUUUUUAUUACCAAUGUGAGAAUUGUGUGGCAUGCAAAUAUGAAUGACAGCUUUAACGUCAGUAUACCAUAUCUGCAAAUUCGUUCAAUAAAGAUUAGAGAUUCAAAAUUUGGUUUAGCUCUUGUCAUAGAAAGCUCUCAGCAGAGUGGAGGAUAUGUUCUUGGCUUUAAAAUAGAUCCUGUGGACAAACUACAGGCAUCAGUUAAGGAAAUCAAUUCCCUUCACAAAGUCUACUCGGCCAGUCCUAUAUUUGGAGUGGAUUAUGAGUUGGAAGAAAAGCCGCAGUCCCUUGAAGCUCUGACAGUUGAACAGAUUCAAGACGAUGUGGAAAUAGACCCUGAUGAUCACCCAGACGCUUUUGUGGCUUAUUUUGCUGAUGGCAAUAAGCAACAAGAUCGUGAACCUGUAUUUUCAGAAGAACUGGGGCUUGCAAUAGAGAAAUUGAAGGAUGGAUUCACCCUACAGGGACUUUGGGAAGUAAUGAGUUGAUCUUGAGCUGGAUUUCUGUUUAACGAUAUCUCAAGAUUAAAGAUACCAGUUGCCUGCUAUAAGGCAUGGAACAGUUUUUACAUUUGCAGAAAAAGCUUUAUAAGGAAGAGUUUUUUUAAUGAUUAAGGAAAAAUUCAUUUAUCUAGGAUUUUACUGUCAUUUUUUAAAAAAUAUAUUUAAAAUUGUAAUCAAAAUGUGUCUGGUUUAUAAAUAUGCAUAUUUUGUACUUAAUACUUGUAAAUUAUUAGUCUGUGGAUAUUAAAUAACUGUACCACAUUAGGUUUAAUAAAGAAUUUAUGUAUGCAGCACCAUUUAUUGUUUUGAAAGUAUUAAUUAAAAGAAUAUGACUACUACAGAGUAAUCAAAGUACAGCUUUUUUAGUUAUGAAACUCUGCUUUAACUAUUUUACCAUACAGCUCCAAAUGUAAGCCAACUUUAAUAUAAAUUACAACCCUUAAACCUAUCAUUUUUAGGUGAUCAUUUCUGUAAAAAGUAAGUUAUAACUAACUAUAGAAUAUGUCAACUCCUAUGUAAAGUUUUGGGCACUAUUUCAUAAAUAAUUUCAAUAUAAUUUGGGUGAGAAUACGUUUUAUUUUGUAAGUAAAUAAUUUGUAAAUAAAUAGUUCAUUUAUUGUCUUCAUUGUUUGUAUUAAUUGAAACUUAUGUGACGUUUUCAAAACUAGGGUAUUAUUUUCUGAUUUCUUGGUUAGGCAAGAUUUGGUGACUUCUCUGGCAUCUGUGCUUUUUGCCGCUGCUUCAGUGUACAGAGAGACAUCAUAAGGAGCUUUUGUCAAAUCAUUGAAAUUAGCCAAAGGAGCCCACUGUCUUUAGAGGGAAAGGAGUGCAUGAAUAAAAAUUUAACAUAAGGUUAAACAUAA